AUGUCGCUGCGUCACGUACCUAGCCGAUACGUGUACCAGCGGGUGUCGGCCCGCUCUCGCACCCGCACCCGCGUUCCUGACAUCCCCGAGUCCCCAUCACUCCGGCCGUUUUGCUGCUCGCCUCUGCCGCCGAAACGGACGGCCUCCUCCUUGCUCGAGAUCCGCCCUCUGCCCCCAGCCUGUGGUGGCGGCGGUGCGAUACGGCGCCCCUCUCCCGGGCUCGAAUCUGGGCUGACGGUGGUGGUGCCGGGUCGAUCUGACCCCAUCCACGCUCUGCCCAUCACGCCUCGCUCUAUCGUGGCUUCACCAAAGUUGCGAGCCAUGUUUGGAUCCUUUGGCCUGGCAAAUCUGCCGCCCAAGGUCAAGGUAGCCCCCGAAGACGUUCCGCCUCCUACACCUAUUAGUCUUCCUCGCUACCAGCCUUUCGUCCAAGAUGAUGCCCCUGUUGAUCCACAACAAGCCCUAUCAAACCUACUCAAGUAUACGGGCCGGGUCUCUGCCGCUUCGGGGUCAGUAGGGCUUUCUGCCAUCGGAUUUGAUUUGAGACUGGACGUUGGAGCAGAGGAGCUCAUCCCCGUUCCGUCUUUUAUCCCCGACUUUGACAAGUGGGACCGACUCACGCCCGAGGAGGCUAGCGAACAGAAUCAAGCAGAGCGUCGGCCCAUAAGAAACGGCAAUCUGUCUCCCGGAUGCCAGGUUUAUGUUGAGCGUCGCAAGGAGCUCUCGAACAAUAACGAAGAUGCAUUUCAUACAGUCCGCCGAUUGCCACCUCCCAAGGGGAAGCAGCAAGCUCGGCUUGGAAAUGCUUACGAGUUCUUUCGCUGCCUUGAGUUCUUCACCACGUACUGGGAUGACCCAACUCAACCUCCGUCUCUCCCCCCAUCUCCCGAAUUAGCACCGGCCGAGAAUGGUGAGACCAAUACCACCAAUAUCCCCCCGGAACCCUCACGGUACGAGGCAACGCGGACAUCGGACGGUUGUUCAAUGCCCCCCGAGUAUCGACAAAAUCUCAUUUCAGCAUUUAUCAAGCUUGUGGCGUAUGAUUAUGGUUGUAAUGUUUCCAUGGCUCGUUAUGAGCCUAGGCUGCAUUUAAGCUCCCCAGAAGGCCACCCUAGCCCGCGUAAAUCAUACAGCCCUUCCAACUGCCAUUUUAUUUUCCAGAGCCCAACUACAAGGGAGACAGCCCGUGCUGGUCUUGUAUAUGGCCCUCUGGGGGUAGUCAGUGCACGUCCAGGCACAAAUUUCACAACCCCAGACAUCGAAACAGCACAGUCCACCGAUCUUGCCCGGGAAGUACUAGCUGCCCUCGUUGCUGCCCAGCACAGGGCUCGCGAAGGGAAAGUUGAAACGCGGUUUGGCGAAGGCCAGUGGUGGACAUCUAAACCGAGAUGGGGCGGUGGUACUGGGGGUCCCAUUGGGAGAGAAAUUGAUACGGAUAUGCCGCUCGGAGACAAAGAUGCCCUACCCACCGAUUCAGACAAAGCAGUUCGACCUACCAAAAAACCUCGGAAGACGUUGUCAAUAUACGACGCCUAUCGCAUGGUUCGACCGCCAUCUUUCACAUGGGACAAAAAGGCUCGCUACGAGGCAAUUGGUAGGCAGAAGGGCGUUGAUUGCGACGACAUCUUUGUGAUUAGCUCCAUCUUCCACCAUGUAUCUAUUCUUCGAGUCCGAGUUCCUGACCGUCUCUUGGAGGUACUUGGAGGUUCUUCCGACCAAGAUGUGACAAAACGCAGCUGGGGCAGAGUUCAGGGCUGGAGAAGUAAAUGGUUCGACUUAUUCGAUGUUGAGCAGCGACUUGCAGCCAUGCGGAUGCUUUGGGCUGUAAUGGCUUAUCAGAUGAGAAAGGAGCCGGAGGACAAGGAUGUGGCAGUGGCUGAGAAGUGAUUUACGAAUGAUUAAACAAAGGCAUUUGAGAAGUGGCAUAUCACAAGGUCAAUGGCAAGAAGAGAGAGCCUAUAAGACGUCUGUGAGAUGCAUGAUGGGCAGCCUAUCUAGAGGCAAUAUAUGAGGAUGUGUCCUGCUGUAAAAUUUGCCAGUUGGGAUAGCGCUGAACGGCCAGUCCUCUUAUAAACACCUAGGCUUUACUUUAUGCUAGAGAAUUUAUGAGCAUCCAGCUCAUCUAAUGAAAAUGAAGGAAUAGCUGACAGAGCCACA